AUGGCGAAUCUGUCAUCUAUAAGUCUAGCCAAGAGAACGGUGAUUCAAGCAGAGCGGCAGAGGGAGCCACUGCAGGCACGUUUGCAAUACUCUGUAGACCAGUUGCAAUUCUGCAUGAAAUGUUUCCGAAGAGUAGCAAGGAAGUUCGAGUUCGGAUUUCUCAACAGUUUCACCGUUGCAAUUAUUGUUCUAAUUGUUACUCAGCAGCAGCAGUCGUUGUUGUUCGAUUUGUUGUUUGCUAUUGCUAUGCGCAAACCACACAUUUCCUACUGUUCCCAUUCAACCGCCUCUCAUAUAUCGUGCAUGUAUUUCUAA